AUGACUUGUGAGAGUUUGUUGGGUCUUGAAGAUGCUAUGGAUGAGUUUCUACAGUCGGUGGACUUGUUUGACGAUAUUGAUGUGGGGGAACUUGAUUUCGCUUCAAAAGCGUCAGAGCUUCUCGAGAACUCAGAUAGCGAUAGUGGUAUAAGUGUUGCUGGAGAAAAGCAUAUGCAGCAGUUGGAAGUGGAUGCACAACCCAACUGUACUGAUACUGACCGUGUUCUUACGGAUGUCGUUGGAUCUUCGAAACAUUUUACUCCUAAUGUUCUGUUCAAGAAUGAUGGGUGCGCAAAGUACCAGGCGCUGAAUGAUUUCAAAGAGACUUCAGGAGGGACAUUUGUGAAGAUAUCUAGUUCUAAUCCUUCAAUCCCUAAGUUUAAACGGAUAACAGUGAAUGUUCUUGGGGGCAAACGUCUUCUUUGCAAUUCUUCGACCAUAAGUUCCGGUAUUGACUGCAGUGUGCCUGUUACAGGUGUUAUACCAACUACUUCUAAGUAUUUAGGUAUUCCUGUGAAAUUAUCUCCAGACAGUCCUUCUUCAAUCCAAUCUUCAAACUUCUCACCUAGCUCAUCAACAAGUUCACCUAUCAAGCCAGACUUAAACCGCCGUUCAUUAGGUGAACUAUUUUCUGGAGUGAAUGGAGCGAAUGAAGUUUAUGAAUAUUGCGGAAGUUCAUCUCCUACAGACUCGAUACUGCAAGAGCAUCUACAAAAUGUGUCUUGCACAACCUAUUCCAAUUCUUUCUUGAGGAACCAUACUCAUUUAUCACCGACAUCACUUCUUGACAUGCAGGACUUCUCAGGACCGAACGAGUGUAUUAUCAGCCACACAAACUUGGAACGUAUUCGUAAAAAGCAAGAAAGAAUGAUUAAAAAUCGUCAAGCAGCGUGUUUAAGCCGGUUACGUAAAAAAGAGUACUUAGAAAGGUUGGAAAUGAAGUUUGAACAGCUGAAACGUGAAAACCUUGCUCUUUGGCGCCAGAAUGAAGAGUGGCGCAUGAGGUGUUCACAGUUAGAACGUUGUAUUGAAGAUCUUCAGUCGCGGUUUCCCAGCCCUACGAAUUCAGAAAUAACGAAUUCUAAGUGUCGUCCAGUUGAGCUAGGUGCAAUUAAAAUUCCUACUCAUUUACAGUCUAACAAUGGAGUCACUCCCACGAUUUCUAAUAAGACUGUGUCUGUGCAUGCGAUAACACCACAAAGUGAAGUAAAAAUUGGUCUCAAAUCAAAUACUUCUGUAAUAACCCACCCAUCCAGUUUCUUUGAAUCAGGUAGAAGCAAAACAAUUUCAAUUCAAAAUUGGAAAAAUUCUCAAGAUAAAAAUGUAAACUCUAAGGCCGCUUUUCCUAUUUCUAUGAAUUCCUCUAAAACGUUCAAAUGGGAUAGCUCUUCUAAAAGGCUGUUAUCGAAUAAAGUUGAUGUUGAAUCGCAUUCUCAAUUAUCCCUACACCAGUCUUCAGUUCCUAGAUCUUCAGUCACUAGAACUUUACUUACUCCUCGCAGAUUUGGUUCUACUGUUACUCAACGUUCAAAAGUGAUUGCAACUACAAGUCUUCUGGCUAUAUUUGGUCUGUUUACAUUAAAUAUUCUUUCUUUCUCAGAAUCGACUAUUGGCUAUAAUAUCCUUCCUGCAUUGUCGUCAAUUGGUAUGCUCCCUAGCGGCGAUCAAGUUGGCUCUCAAAAAAUCGCAUUUGGAAAAACAAAUUCAUGGUCAUCAAUGCAUCAUCCACUAACUGGACGACGUCUAUCAAUUGAUAUCAAGCCCACACAAGGUGAUAUUUUGGUGGACGAUGAGUUAAUCCAGGCUUCUCCGAAUGAUAACUUUAUAACAUCUGAAGCAGCUGCAAUCGGACAUUCUUCUAAUAACUGCGGUCCAAAUAAAAACAUAAGUUGCUCUGAAAACUCUUCAAUCGCAGAUGUUAGACAAAUUUUACAAGGUUGGAUUGAAAGACAUGCUGUAUCCACUAGUAAUCAGUCUCGGGUAUACAGACUAUUGCUCACUUCAUCGAUUCAUAACCUUAAAGCGUUUGCACAUCAACAAACUAUAUUUAAUCCUUCUAAACCCCUGUCUCAAAAUACACUACGUGAACAAAAACCAAUUUCCCUCCCUAUCCAACAUCACGACUCACCUAAGAAAUUACUUCCAUCUGUGGGAGGAGGGACAAGGCAGCGUUUAUCAGCGAAUGGAGUUGAUCGUCGUAUUCUAAAUAUUACAGCCCAUUCACUACCGCCCAAAUUUGCUUCAUCUCACCGUAGUCCCUUUGUGCGCAAGUAUGAUUUACAGCCAUACAUUCAUCCUGCUGUUCGAGCAUUUGAAAAUUUAUUCAGUGUCGUCAAUCGUCGCAAUGAUACAGCCUACAUUGUUUUCUUGAACCGAGAUCAUUUCCUUCUGCCUCCAAUAGAUCCACUUCCUGCAAACAUGAAACAGAAAAUGACUUUCUUAUUACCAGCACAUCCUGUGAUCAAUGGCUCACAAAGUAAUGGGAAUGACAAUGAUAAGUCAACUUGGACUUUGAGUAUGCUACAGUUAGAUUGUGAAGUGA